AUGACCAACGUGCUUCCAGCAGAAGAUGACAUAAGUUUAACCUUUUUCCCUGAGAUCUGUCCCAACUGUACUGCGAUAUCUGCGUUUGACAUAGACAUCACCAAGACGCUGGCUCUGGGCCUGGUGCUGGUGCUCUUUAUAAUAUUCGGUGUGAUGGGCAACAUCCUGGUCAUCCUCUCUGUGGUGUGCCAUCGCCACCUCCGUUCCGUGACGCAUUAUUUUAUCGCCAAUCUGGCCAUUGCAGACCUGCUUCUGAGCUCCGUGGUCCUCCCAUUCUCUGCUGCAUCUGAAGCCUUGGGCCGUUGGGUGUUCGGCCGUCCUUUAUGUAAUGCCUGGACUGCUCUUGACGUGCUGUGCUGCACGGCAUCCAUCCUCAGCCUCUGCAUGAUCUCUGUGGAUCGCUGCAUGGCUGUCAGUUACCCGCUGCGGUACCCUUCUUUGGCUACCGGUCGAAGGGCACUGGUCGUAGUGGCAGCUCUAUGGGCUCUUUCGGCUGCCAUCUCCGUCGGUCCACUGUUCGGAUGGAGGGAGCCUAUGCCGGAGGACGAGUCGGUGUGUAGAGUGAACGAAGAGCCAGGAUAUGCCAUCUUCUCUGCCGCAUGCUCCUUCUACAUGCCGUUGGCAGUGAUUUUGGCAAUGUACAGCAGGGUUUAUGUGGUGGCCCGGCAGAAGACUCGUUCUAUGAGUAAAGGCAGGCAGACGAAUGGGUUAACUGAGCACGGAGUGACCCUGCGGAUCCACUGUCGCAACGCCCAGCAGGCCGCCGGGAAGGAGGCAGCAGCGCGCUUGAAGAACUCACACUUCGCCUUCAUGCGUCUGCUUAAGUUCUCGCAGGAGAAGAAGGCGGCCAAGACUCUGGGGAUUGUGGUGGGAUGUUUCGUUCUCUGCUGGCUGCCUUUUUUCCUAGUGCUGCCCAUAAGCUCCAUCUUCCCGUCCCACAGACCCCCGGACACUGUCUUCAAAAUUACUUUCUGGCUGGGCUACUUCAACAGCUGCCUCAACCCCAUCAUCUACCCGUGCUUCAGUCAGGAGUUCAAGAAGGCCUUCCAGAACGUUCUCCGUGGCCACUGCCUCAGCAGAACGCACAGGACCUGGAGCCCUCCGGCCUUUGCACGAGACCCUGUGCAUGGCCCCAAAUCUGCACAGUGUUUCCCAUCUACAUCUACUGACUCCUGGAAGCCUACUAAUGAAUCACUUGUCACUAAUAAGAACUCAUAUACUGCACAUAGCAGCAGUGCUCUGAAUGCACCUGAAACAUCUCUGACAAUGAAAGUUCAUCAGGUUUCCGUAUGCAAGAUGGACGGUGAGGCUGUAUGAAAUGAUUUAAAAAGAAUAUAUUUUUAUUCAGUUUUUAAAAAGAGUUUACAAAGCCACUGUGGAAUGGAACAAAAAUGACUGGGGAUCUAGUUAGUUCUCGUAUACAGGAGCACCACCAUGUGGCAACGUCUAUGACAUGCAUCUGCACUUUUGUGAAGUUUAGCUUUGAAGAUUCACAAUCUGGAGUGUAAAAAAUUUUGCUUGGUAAUGAAAUAACUGUGGGCAGAGUUAUUUGGCUUGUGCAAACACAAAUA